AUGCUACUUUAAUUUGAUAAUCGUCACAGAAAGAGAGAGAGAGAGACAGAGAGAGAGAGAGACAGAGAGAGAUGGGUAAAGGAGGGCGAGCCUUGGAGGUGGAAGGUACACCGGCUUUCCAUGGAUACUACAUGCCGGCGGAGUGGGAACCCCAUACGCAGUGUUGGAUGGGUUGGCCUGAGCGCCCGGAUAACUGGAGAGAUAAUGCAGUACCUGCUCAGCGUGUAUUUGCCAAGAUAGCAACUGCAAUCUCAAAGUUUGAGCCUGUGACUGUCUGUGCAAGUGCCACUCAGUGGGAAAAUGCAAGGAGUCAGCUACCAGAAACUGUCAGGGUGAUUGAGAUGAGCAUGAAUGAUUCUUGGUUUCGUGAUACUGGGCCAACUUUUGUUGUCAGAAAAAGCACUUCUGGCUGUGGUACCUUGCUGCAAAAAGUUGCUGGCAUUGAUUGGAAUUUUAAUAGUUGGGGAGGUAUUGGUGAAGGUUGUUAUCAAGAUUGGAAGCUUGACCUUCAUGUGGCGCAAAAGAUUCUAGCACUUGAGAAGCUCCCAAGAUUUUCGCACAAUUUAGUUCUUGAAGGUGGAAGCAUCCACGUGGAUGGAGAAGGAACUUGCCUUACCACCGAGGAGUGCCUCUUGAGCAAGAACAGGAAUCCUCAUUUGACUAAGGAGCAGAUAGAGGAUGAACUUAAGGCGUAUCUUGGAGUCAGUAAGGUUAUUUGGUUGCCUCGUGGAUUAUAUGGGGAUGAUGACACUAACGGUCACAUCGACAAUAUGUGCUGCUUUGUGAAGCCUGGGGUGGUUGCAUUGUCCUGGACUGACGAUGAAACAGAUCCUCAGUACGAGCGAUCUGUAGAAGCCCUUUCUGUUCUCUCCAAAGCCACUGAUGCCAAAGGCAGGAAUAUGGAAGUAAUUAAACUCCAUGUACCAGGGCCACUACACAUGACAGAUGAAGAGGCUGCUGGGAUUUUUGAGAAUGGUGAAGCUAAAUCGAGACUCCCUGGUACAAGACUUGCUGCUUCAUAUGUAAACUUCUAUAUUGCGAAUGGAGGAAUCAUUGUACCACAAUUCGGGGAUAAGAAGUGGGAUGAUGAGGCUGUUCGCGUCCUCUCUCAAGCCUUUCCAGAUCAUCAAGUGGUAGGAAUUGAAGGUGCUAGGGAGGUUGUUCUGGCAGGUGGAAAUAUACAUUGCAUAACUCAGCAACAGCCAGACGUUCCAGAUGAUUGUGGCAAACUUGUUUGAUAGCACACACAAUUAGCGUACAUACAUAUUGAUUUAUUUACUUCUUCCUGUGACCAAGGCACUCUGGAGGGAAAGAGACUAUUUCUGGUGAAAUCUUUCAGUUUAAGGCUAGCUUAGCCUUCUGAAAAUAAGUAUAUUUUUAAUGGAGAAAAUAUUACUUGGAACUUUCACCAGGUAUAACAAGUGUAAUGAUUUGUUGCACUGGAAAGAAGUGUCAUGGAAUACAAUUGGGUUGUUUGUUUAUAACAAUAUAUAUGAAUAUGUUAUUGAUUUCA